GUGGUUGCAUUUUUCUUUCAGAUAUAUUUUGAGUGGUUGCAGUUAUGAUGAUGAACAAGCAUGGCUUCGUGGCCCCAGUACGCAAGCCAGUUGAGAGUGUGGAUGAGCUGAGGAAGAUAUGGGAGAGUGAGCGUGAGUGGGUGUCCAGGAGGAAGUUCCUCAACAGACACUGGGGCACCAUGCACCCCUUCGAGCUGGACUCCCUCUCGUCUGUCUGGCUCAACCACCUCGUCCUUGGAUGCAGGUACCCAAAAGCAACAAUUGAACGCGUUAAAGAGCUUGCGGAGGGUCUAUCAGUCGAUAAUUUAGUGCUUCUAAGAGGAGCUCCGAAAACGUUUGUGAAAGGCAGCGACAACAACGAAGAAGCAGAGGAUGAUGAUGACGACAUCAGAGAAGUCGCAUCGUAUCCGAAGCCCCCGGAACCUCCGAAGUCUCUCGUGGGAAUGAAUCCAUUCAAAAAGAGGAAGCUAGAAGCAGCAGGAACAGCCUCCUCGACAUCUUCUUUUAGUGCCGAUUCCCAGCAGUCGAAUCCCUCUCCUCCAGACAAUUCAAAUCGACCAUUUGCCAAAGCCUUCUCAAGUAGCAGAUGAUUUUAGGAUAUCGGGUCAAUGUAGUAAAGAAACCUGCUGGAUCCGUCUGAAUUUAGAAUCUGAGAGCAUGUUCGAUUGGUUGUUUAAUGAAUGUUGGAAAUAGAACGAGGGUGCUUUUCAAAUUCAUGAUAAAAAACUAUCUGUUAAACUAUCAUUAUUGUGAUGUCUUGAUGUUUUUUAGUAAUUUUUGUUUUUCGAUUAAAUGCUAAUAAAUGUCAGUGUUGAGCA